AUGGCGCCACACUUGCCGGGAAUGGGGUUCGCCACUCUGCCCGUUACUCUGUCCACUGUUCCAGCGGCGGCAGCGGCCUUGCCUCUCGCUCCACCCACCGCUCCGCCCAGAGUGAGCCCGCCGCCGCUGCCGCCGCAGCUGCGGCCCCCCACCCCGGGACCGCCGGCGGGCCAACCGCCGCCACCAACCCCGGGACUGCCUGCGCCGAGAGAGGCCGCUGAAGCCGCGCCGCCCGCUCUGCUCGGGCUGGUGGCGUGCCACGCCGUGGGGGAAACUGCACCCCCCGCACUGCUCGCUGUGGGCGGGCAGCCACCUGAAGCCGACUCAUCAGCAGCAACUUCGCUCUGUGAUCUGCCGCCGGCAACGGCAGACAGCCCUGUGCUCGACAACACAUCCAGCCUGUUUGUUUCAGAACCUGCAUCCAGCCCACCACUCCCUCCGCUUUUCCCAGAGUGCCCCGAGCUCUGUCCCACUGAGGCAGAGGCAGAGGCAGCAGGAGGGAACACCGGCUUGGUCCGCAGCAGCGCCACUGCUGCUGGUACAGUGGCUGGGGAUGGGGGUGGGGCCGCGAUUCAGUCCAUUGUAUCCCGCGGCAGGGCAAACACACUGGGAGCGAAGAGCAGCCCCUUGUACUGA